AUUUCUAAUUCUCUCUCUCCCCUUUCUUCAAAGUUUAAGCUCAGCCACUACUGAUUCCUUAACUCGUUUCAUAAGUAUGGAAUGUACCAACAGGUUUGUAGAUUCUUCUUCUGCCUGCUGAUCCCUUUUUAGGUUUAGAAUCAAUGUUCAGGAAAAGGUAGGGAUUGAGGAGGAAAUUCUGGAGAAAAAAUGAGUGUUACUUUGACUGUAAUGUCCUUCAAUCUCCACGAUGAUCAACCACCAGAGAGUUCAAAUUCAUGGGAGAAGAGAAGGGAUUUGUGUAUCAGUGUCAUCACUAGCUAUUCUCCGGCGAUUCUCUGCACUCAACAAGGUGUGAAAUCUCAGUUGGACUUUCUUCAGCAGGGCUUGCCUGGCUAUGACCAAUUUGGAAUUUCAAGGAAAGGAUCCCAUGACAAUUCAGAUGAACACUGCACAAUUUUUUAUGAGAAGGAGAAGGUAGAGCUGUUAGAAGGUGGCACAUUUUGGUUGUCGGAAUCACCUUCUGUCCCAGGAAGCAUGUCAUGGGGUUCGAUUGCUCCACAUAUAGCAACUUGGGCGACAUUCCAACUGAAAGGAGUUGAAGCACCUGGGUUCUCAUUUCAGAUAGUAAAUACAAAGAUGGACGAGCUCAACCCUCGUGCCCGUAGACGAAGUGCUUUGCUUACAUGGCAGCACAUUGCAUCCUUACCUCCUAGCUUGCCAGUUAUAUACUGUGGAGGUUUCAACACAGAGAAGGAAUCAACUACCGGUCGUUUUCUUCUUGGGAGAUCCAGAGAAAAAGGUGCAGUGGGGGACAUGAGAGAUACGUGGGCGAUUGCUCGGGCAAGGAAGAAUGUUUCUCUUAUUCGAACUUAUCAUGGUUUCAAAGGUGACAAACAGGGAGCUUUUGAAUUUUUCAAGUUGAUUCUUAGAGCACUUUGCCUUUGCUGGGAUCGUCAGACACAAGAUCUACAUGUAGAUUGGAUUCUUUUCAGAGGUAGAUCUUUGAUCCCUGUCCUGUGUGAAGUGGUGAAUGAUAACAUCGACGGAUUUUACCCGUCGUCCCACUACCCUUUAUUUGCCGAAUUCAUGCUUCCUCGUACGGUCAGAAUGCUUGAAACAACACCUCAAGAGUAACACUUGAUCACCAUUUGUUAUAAACUCAGAAUUCUCCAUUUUUGUCUGUUUAAGCUCCAAAUGAUCUAUUUAUUGAUGUUAAAGUAAAUGAGCAGUAAGUUUUGUGUACUGUUUUACACUGUAAUAAUCUUCAAAUGAGACUUGAAUUACUUAAAAAUCGCCACAAGUGUUGGUUUGUUUC